GAUUUUGUUAAACCUGGAUACCGACGGACUCUACACAAAGACGUUUUCUAUGCGCCCAUACUGUGAGAAUGAGGACGGAACCUGGGCUAAGUAUCAUUCGGACCUACAAAUGAAGCUGGAUAAGAGCUCUGCCGCUGAAUAUCUUGUGUGCCGGUACUUAUCCGAUGUGGGGCAGCUUUCCCUGAUUAUCGACCAGUAUCACCACCCUGCGCUUGUCUCGUUCUCCACUAGUGUCGAAGAAGGCGCCCAGCCGAUAGUCGGGGACCGGAUUCAAUUCCCUUCGACCUUCCAUUUGGCUUUAUGGCUAUUAGGGGCUGUAUCGGAUAGCCCCGUUUACCACUCUGUUAUCACCAGGUUCCUUUCCGCACCCAAGCACUACCGCAACUCUAUCUGGUUUCUGGGUGUCGAUGUGAUACCCAAGGAACGCGAGAAGAUAGCUUUUGUUAGUAGUAUCCAAACUCUGAAAUUGGUGGUGCCGUCGAGCCAAACUAGAGACGAGAUGAUCCAGAGGAUGAUGCCGACCGCGAACGACCCGAGGUCAAUGCCGAUCGUUUUUAAACUGGAUUCCGCCGGCUGUUACAGGAGUAGGAUUCAUAUUCCCGGCUACAUCAGCAAACCACCACCCAUCGUGCCCGAGAUCCGGAAUCCGUCUACAAACCCACCUCUACUAUUUGAGCUUUUGGAACAAGCAGACCCGGUUUUUGAUACUGGAUUAGUUCACGCUGCUAAGGUUCAUGUGGGCCAGCACGAAACCGAGCCACGUCGCCUUCCACCUAGAGUGCAAGUGGUGUCAUCCGACAUGAAGACAUUUGAAGCCGCCAUCACCUCUGUCACCGGUGAAAAAACUAUUUCGUCGCUCCGUAUGUUUGGUCAGGUUCUACACGACACCAUGGAUACUAUUACACGUUACUUCCGCGACCGAUUUGAUCUUUCAGAGUAUUGUGCCUUACUGGAUGUCUGUCGAGAUGACGAGCAAUGGGUAGCCAUUGUGAAUUCACUGUGCGACAAGAGUCGUGGCCACAAGUACGACGACGUCUAAUAUCGGCGGAUAGCACAAUUUGUAGCACGGAAUGACCCCAAUGGAUUCUGCAAGUUUGUUGACUCAGCCUCUGGUACCUAUAUUGACCGCCGC